AUGACUUCAAGCCAACAUACCGCAAAUAACGCUGAAGCCUGGACUAGAAUACAAGACGAACUAAGUUCCAGACGUGUAGAGCACGAUGAACUUUCAUUCUCGAUACAAGGAUCAGUUUUCGAGGGAUUGAAUUAUGUUGGUGGUCUGGACGUAUCUUUUUUCGAGGGAGAAGAUAACCGCAAUGCUAUCGCUUGUAUCGUUGUUCUCAAGUUUCCUGAGCUGACGCUGGUUUAUUCUGACACUGAAGCUGCAGUCCUGGAGGAACCAUACAUACCAGGCUUUCUGGCAUUUCGAGAAGUACCAGCAACAACACCCAUCUUAAACAAGCUUAAGCAAGAACACCCAGAGUUUUGGCCUCAAGUUCUCUUUGUAGACGGAAACGGGACUCUGCAUCCACGAAAGUUCGGGUUUGCAAGUCAUAUAGGCGUCAUUGUCGACGUCCCAACGAUUGGAGUUGGGAAGAACUUUUUGUCGAUACAUGAGGACGGCUUGUGGAUGGAAGAGGUCAAGAGGGAGUCUAGGACGCGUCUUCUGAAGAGUGGAGAUGUAUACGAACUAGUUGGCACGUCCAACUUUGUGUAUGGCGCUGCUGUGAGAACUGGAGCUGACGCUGUGAAUCCUGUUUUUGUUUCAUCUGCAAAGGCCGAAUCAACAAUCAAGCAACCACUAAUUCUCGAAUUUGAAGGUCUAACGACCAUAUCCUGCUACGACGUUCUUUCGGUCAGCUACAAGGUCAUCUGCUUUGAUACUUCAUUGCCCGUCAAGAAGGCUCUUGCUGCUUUACUAUCGCACGGUGUCGAAUCGGCGCCAUUAUGGGACUCUAUAAAGCAGUGCUUUGCUGGAAUGUUGACUGUGUCGGAUUUCAUUCACCUCAUCAUGUACUAUUACAAACGGUCAUCAUAUGAUGCUGCCAUAGAGGAAGUCGAACAGCUUGAGAUAAGAACAUUACGAGAAAUUGAAGCUAAAGUGGGAGUUCUACCUCCCGGAAUGUAUAUACAUCCUGCUCGAACCUUGUAUGAAGCUGGUUCCCUCCUCUUGAACCACGGUGUACAUCGGAUAGCCCUACUAGAUAGAGCUGGAGAGGCGGAAACCAUGGUUGGAAUCAUCACACAGUUUCAAAUACUGAAAUAUAUAGCUGCGAACUAUCCACAUCCAGAAAACCUAUCAAAAAAAAUCGCAGAAAUCAAGAUUGGAAUCUUUCAACCGCUUAUAACAGCCAAAGUCACUACUCCCUUGAUUGAUGUUCUGGAAUUAUUUGUGGAAAAGAGGGUGUCUGCUGUCCCUAUUGUUGAUGAUCAUGAUAAUAUCGUAGACGUGUAUGAGAAACACGACGUCCUGAUGCUGGCGAGAGAAGGACAGUACUAUGACUUGGAAGUACCUGUCGGAGAAGCCCUGCAAGGACGGGGAUCGGAAUUCGAAGGAAUUCAUACGUGUACAAUGCAAGACACGGUUGGAGCACUAUUAGAAACCAUACGAGAAGCCAACGUACAUCGUUUCUUGGUAGUCGAUGGAACAAAACUGUUGGGUAUCAUAGCGCUCUCGGAUUUGCUGAGGAUAUUCAUACCGAGGAAGUAG